CAUGUAGUGUGACGUGUACUCUCUCUUCUCUCUUCUCAUUGGCUGACAGGUUGACGCUGUACGUGCGUAGGCGCUUCCUCAACUUGACUAGCAGCAAACAGCAAAAUUAAAGAUGUUGGUUUUGGUGUUAGGUGACCUGCACAUCCCCCACCGGUGCAACACCCUGCCAGCCAAGUUCAAGAAGCUGUUGGUCCCGGGGAAGAUCCAGCACAUUCUCUGCACAGGCAACCUCUGCACCAAGGAGAGCUAUGACUACCUGAAGACUCUCGCGGGAGACGUCCACAUAGUCCGAGGCGACUUCGACGAGAACCUGAACUACCCAGAGCAGAAGGUGGUGACCGUGGGUCAGUUUAAGAUCGGUCUCAUCCACGGCCACCAGGUGAUCCCCUGGGGCGACAUGGCCAGCCUGGCGCUGCUCCAGAGACAGCUGGACGUCGACAUCCUCAUCUCUGGGCACACACACAAGUUCGAGGCGUUUGAGAAUGAAAACAAGUUCUACAUCAACCCUGGUUCGGCCACAGGAGCCUACAGCGCACUGGAAAGCAACAUCAUCCCCUCUUUUGUAUUAAUGGACAUCCAGGCGUCUACAGUGGUGACGUACGUUUAUCAGCUCAUCGGCGACGACGUCAAGGUGGAGAGAAUCGAGUACAAGAAAUCUUAAAAGGACGGCGAGAGGAGAGUUGGGUUAACGUGGCUCAGUGUGUCGAUUCAUUCCUUUCCACCAGGGGGCAGCAGCUCCCCUACAGUCACCACAAUUUAUUUACAGUUAUUGCUGUAACAAACUGUUCAGUAACUUAACUCUAAAACACCUAUGUAUUAUAUUGUUUAUAUGUCAUCAGCAUUUGCUUGAAUCCAAGCUGUCAUUUGGUAAAAGUAGAGAACGCAAUUAUGUCACAU